GGGAGUGCAGCCUCGAGGCCCGCCGCCCGUGCGAUGUCCUGCCCCGGCGGCAGCAGCUCUGGCGGCGGCAGGCCCGGCGGCAUGGAGCUCUCCGACUUCCAGGACGCCCUGCGCAGGCACGAGGCGCGGGUCGGCGAGAUGCUGGCGGCGCACCGGAGCGAGCUGCUGCUGGCCAUGUCGCGGCAGCAGCCCCGGCGUCCUGUGGCGGGCGAGGCGGCGGCGAGCGGAGGGGCCUGGUGGCCUGAGGCCCUGUGGGGGGGCGCCUGCAGCGUCUCCCUGGCCGACAGGGGGCCGCCGGGGCCGGGCGGCGGCGCGGAGCCGCCCGGCGCCGCGCAGGCGCCCGAGCCGCAGGGGCCGCUGGAGCGGGAGGUCGCGGGCAUGCGCUCGGACGUGGGCUCGCUCCACGGCCUGCUGGAGCGGCUGGCCCAGCGCGCGCUGGACCAGGCGGGCAGCGAGGGCCGCCUGCGCGCGCAGCUGGAGCAGCACGGGGCCUCGCUGCGCGAGCUGGCGCUGGGCGUGGCCGGGCUGCGGGCGCUCCUGGAGCCGAGCGGCGGCGGCGGCGGGGCAAAGGUCUCCGAGCGAUCCGAGCGGCCCGGGCCCGCGGCGGCGGCGGCCUCCCGCGCGGGGGCCAGGCCGGCCAGGCUCGCGGCCGUCCACGCCGUCUUCCACGCCCUGUGCCUGCUGGUCGCCCUGCCCGCGCUGCUCCUGGCCGUGUCCGCGGCCAUGGGCACCCUCCUGGCCGUCGUGGAGGGCUGGGAGGUCCUCGACGGCAUCGCCUACGUCGGGGGCAACCUGGUGCUCAUUCCCCUCACGGAUGUCGUGCCCACCACCACUCGCGGCACGGUCUUUGACAUCAUAGUGUCGGCCUUCUCGUUCGGCCUGCUCGGCUGGGGGCUGGCUAUCGUUGGGCUCCUGCCGUUCUGCGAGGGGACUCACGCGUUUUUGCACGCCAUGCACUCGGCCGUGCUGGGACAUCGAUGCCCCAUGCUUGAAAGCUUCAUGACUAUGUGCCUCUUCGUAGUUGCCCUCUGGCCGCUGGCAUGCCUGUCGGUGUCUGCUGGGGUCGCAGCUCUCCUUGCGCUCGCAGAGGGCAGGCCCUACAAGCGCAGCCUCCUGUGGUGCCUCGGGAUCCUGAGCCACACCCCGUCACUGACCUCGUGGGAGGAGCACCCGGAGACGGCGGAGGGGAAGAUCAUUGUCUUGCUGCUCGCGUUCGUGGGGCUGGGGCUCACGCUGGGGUGGAUGGUCGGGGUGUGCCUGCAGCUGCCGGCUCUCGGAGCCCUGGUCCGCGUGCUGAGGAGGGUCGCGGUGACCCGUGGGGAGAGCCUCGUCGGCAAGAGCGUCAAUUUCUUCACGAUUGUCUUCGCCGUCGUUCCGCUCGCAGUCCUGCCGCUAUCUCUGGUCCUGGGGCUGCUCCUAAAGGCGGCCGAGGGCUGGGAGUCCGUCACCGAGAGCCUGCUUUACGUGGGCGGGAAUUUGGUGGGCAUCCCCCUCGCAGCCGUUGGCCCAACGUCAACGAGCGGCAGGGCCAUCGACUUCCUCAUCUCGAGCGCUGGCGUGGGAUGCUUUGGCUUCCUGGUUGCCGCGGUGGGCAGCCUCGACUUCGCGGACACGUGCUGCGAGUCCCUCGGGGGCAAGGCCGAGGGAGUCAGGCCUGCUGCGAGAUUCACCAUCGUGUUCUACCUGGUCGUGCUGCCCGUGACCUGCGCGGCCGUCGCCGCCCCCCUGGGCGGCGCCCUGUCGCUGGCGGAGGGCUGGUCCUUCCUGGACGGCUGGCUCACGGUGCUGAGCAUCCUCGUGCAGGCCCCGUCCUUGGCCACGCCGGACCUGGAGGCGGUGCAGUCCGACGGCGGGAGGAUGGCGCUCUUCCUGGUCGCCUGCUACGCGCUCUGCGUGUCCAUCGGCUGGGGUGCGGGCCUGGUCGUCGCCUCCAGGGCCCUCGACCGCGUCGGGUCUGGGAUCUCGGGGGCCGUGCGGCGGCUGAAGGCGGCCGUCGGGGCCGACAGCGGUGCCCAGUGGACCGAUGGCGCACUGACGCCGGUAACCGGCCAGUGA